GGGAGGGUUCUGUCUGAUGAGGCCGGUGACCCAGAGGGGGUGUCAGUGGCCGUCAUCAUGUUUAACGAGUCUAGCUUCUCCGGGGACUAUCUCCUCCAGACCUACCGCACCUUCAACGAGUCCGCCUUCAGCAACACGUCCCUGGAGAUCCUGAGGAAUAUGAUCUCCUCAGUCCGGCACGGCACUGGCUCUCAGAGCCUGACAGCCAGGGGAUUCCUCAUCGGGGUUUACACACUCACCAUCACCAUCUCUCUCUUCGGAAAUCUCCUCGUGUGCCAAGUAGUGCUAAAGAACAAGAGGAUCAACACAGCGACUAGCAUCUUCAUCGCCAACCUGGCUGUAGCGGAUUUGAUGAUAACCCUGCUCAACACUCCCUUCACUGUGGUCCGUUUUGUGAACAGCACCUGGGUCUUUGGCAAGGCCAUGUGCCACAUCAGUCGUUUCGCUCAGUACUGCUCACUCCACGUCUCCGCGCUCACGCUGAUGGCCAUCGCCCUCGACAGGUACCAGGCCAUUGUGCAUCCCCUGAAGCCUCGCAUGUCAAUGCCUCGAGGUAUCAUCUGCGUCAUUGGCAUCUGGGUCCUGGCCUCCUGCUUCUCGCUGCCCCACGCUAUUUACCAGAGGCUCUUCCGCUUUGUGUACAGGGAGACGACAGUCCGGAGCCUUUGCGUUCCCGCUUUCCCACAGCCGUCCGAUGUGUUCUGGAAGUACUUGGACCUGGCCACCUUUGGUCUACUGUAUGCUCUGCCGCUGUUGGCCAUCACCAUGGCCUACACUGCGGUCGCCAAGAAACUGUGGCUGAGGAACGCCAUCGGGAACAUCACCGUGGAGCAGUACAUUGCCCAGCGCCACAAGAAGAAGAAGACCAUCAAGAUGAUGCUGCUGGUGGUGGUGGUCUUCGCCGUCUGUUGGUCACCCCUCAACUGCUACGUGGUACUCAUCUCCAGCCAACUUGUCCAGAGCAGCAACGUUCUCUAUUUCACCUUCCACUGGCUUGCCACCAGCAGCACCUGCUACAACCCCUUCAUUUACUGUUGGCUCAAUGAGCGCUUUCGCUCUGAGUUGAAGGCCUUGGCCGGCAGGUGCUGCGGGCCGAGCAGCUCGGAAGGCAAGGGGGCACCCCCUGCUCCUAACAGGGCCGUUCGGAGGGCCUGGCCAGAUGCCCACAGCUGCUGCGAUCCUCGGCCUCCCAACGCAGUGAUGAGAUUGAACCUGCCUGGCCUGGUGGUCACUAAUGGAGGCUUUUGUCAAGGCAUGUUUCAACCAUGGCGCGCAGGAAUAGGAAGGGCUCUGGCUGAGUCAGCAGGGCUACCGCUGGUCAUUGUGAAGACCCACGAGGUUGAAGCACCAAGUCUAGGUUGA